GGCGGCUCGACGUGGUCUCGUCGUGCUGUCACGGCUGACCGGCGAUGAUCUUCUGCCCGACCUGCGCAAACUUGCUCAUCGUGCAGACCUCCGAGCAAUCGACCAACUGCUUCGGCUGCCCAACAUGUCCCUAUCUCUACCCGAUUAAGCGCAAGUACUACGACCCGAAACCGCAAAAGAGGAAGCAAGUCGAUGAUGUGCUCGGUGGAGAAGAUGCUUGGAAGAAUGUGGACUCCAUGGCAGUACCUUGCACGAAGAAAGACUGCAAUGGGACACGAGCAUAUUAUAUGCAGAUCCAGACGCGUAGUGCAGACGAGCCAAUGACGACUUUCUACAGGUGUACACUCUGCGCGCACAAUUGGAAAGAAUGACUGCUUGCAUGCCCGCCUA